AUGGCUGAAAAUUCAUCUCACAAAGCUAAGUCAAAGACAAUGGGUCCGCCAUCCACACAUGAGCUUGAUGAUCCCAAGACGUUUUUGAAAAGCAGGGAGGCUCGUAACGUCCGUAAACCUCCAAACACAGACCCCAAUGAGGAUAAAAAGUGUGUGCUUUGUGUGAAGCGGCCACCGGUGCCUUUGCACAUAUGCAAGAAUUCUUCCAAACGGGCCGAUAAAUACUUUGUUAAAGAUAACAAAAUGGAGGCCAUAAGCUCUAUUCCGCGGUUGCACCCACCUGCAUUUGUGGAUAAAUGCACUGGUGAUAAAUUUCCUUUAAGAAAAGCCGGAUUAACCAAAGAUUUAAUCCUCAACGAGGUAUGCAGUUCAUGUGCAUAACAGUCUUUUCUAGGAAUUUGGGAACGUUCCGGGCUAUUUACUUGAACGUAAGAAAGAGUUGCAACAAUCCGAGCACCUUAUGGAAAUGUAUGCGGAGGAAAUGCGUAGGAGGAAUCAGCUUCUCCAAGUCCCUAAUGAAGAAAAGGAGGCUAUCAUCGAACAACUAAAAACUCGUUGGGCACAUUUGCACCAUCAAUACUUACAGCUGUCCGUUGUCAUCGAUACUAUACCGAAGAUGCAACGUAAAGAAAGACUGGAGAACGAAAUGAAGCAGCUGGAAAAGGAUAUUCAAACCCUGGAAGCGCAUGAGUAUAUAUACCUUUCCUAA